AUGGCUUCUAAACUUUUAAAUUCUGCAAAAAAAAGCCCAUUCAUCGCCCAAAUGUCGGAAUGCUCAUUGAAAAAGCGGAUGACUAUUGGAUCUUCGCAUUCAGAUUUACGUGACAACUCAGAGAUUGACCCUAGCCCUAAGUCAGCUAAGAGACCAUGUAUGCGACGUCAGCCUCAGCCUCGGGGAUCAGAGUCUAACCCUUUGACAGUUAAUUUGAUUGACUCUUCUCAGGUUGAAAUGUCAGUUAAUGAUGCUAACAUUCCACCGAAAAAAACAACGCGAACUCGCCAGAAACCUGUCAGGUAUCAAAUAUUGGAGUCUAAAUCUAGCCCGAUCAUCAACUCUUCAGUUUCUUCAACCCUUCACGACCAGGAAAAAUCAAUAAAGACUCCUCGUAGGAGGAGGCAAGCCAAAUCCCGUAUUCAUUUGUCCUCAAUCAAAGACAACCUAGUUCCCUCUAAACGAUUGAGGAAAUCUACCUCUUCUAAAACAGCCGACAUCGGUAUAGGCUCGCGCACGCGAAAAGGUUUAUCCAAGUCUCUGGCAUUGCCACAUUUGGAAUCAAGCUUCCUAACUGGGCUAACUUCAAAUUCUAAGCAGAAUCAAGAUAUAUUUCCUGCUCUUCGUACCUCAAAUUCGGGGGAAAUGUCUGUGAUCUCACAGCGCUCACUCAAACCUAAGAACAUGGCAUCUUCUCUAACUUCAAAGAGCGACUUAAAAGCCGCUAAACGACUCAAGCGGGAAGCAUCUUUAAAAUUUAUCGAGCCCUCGAACUUAUCUCCGGAUUCACCAAAAACCCACUUGACUAGGCCAGAGGUGCAUUCGGUUCCUGGCAGAAGUCGUCGUAAAUUGACUAGUGAAACUUCAACGCAUUCACUAAUUCAUCCAGAGCCCGUCCUCAUAGGCCCUUCCAGUCGUAGCCUCCGGUCUUCUAAACGGCAAGGCAAACAACCCAGUAGUUUGAAACCAGUCUCUUCUAAUGACAGUCCGGAUGUAGAGGCACAGCCGAGGCCUGCACGUGAAUCACGAAUGUCUAAGACUAAAGUCCAACGAUCAAUCAAGGCAUCAACAGAUAUGUCAUCCAAGAGGCUGGGUCUUUCUUCCGUUGUUUCUGACCGACCAGAAACCACUUUGUCUUGUAUUACUGUUUCAACUUCCAAGAAAAGAAAGCGGGCAUUCGAGGAGGCCCCAAUUGAGGUUCCGAAAAAGAGGCUAGCUAUUCGGAACAAUGAAGUCAUUUCGUCAGGGCCACCACUUGGCGUCGAGACCAGAAGUCGACGUCUAAGAUUUGUCGAUCCGACUUCGAACUCCUAUCCACAUCUUCAUGGGCCCGUAGAUCCGUUUCUUAUCUUUAUACAUCUACAUUGUCGCCUAACCGAGCAGAGCGCCAGGGCUCUGAUUCCUAUGCUUUUAGAUGACGCCUCGUCUCUUCGGAAUGGCAUACAUGUUCUAGAAGACACCCUUGUAAAGAUCAUCAAUAUCUCUGACACGUUCGGUGGAGAGACAAAACAGGAAAUGGAGACAAAUAAUCCAAAUAAUAUCGACAUAGGAGCCAAUGGACAGGAACGGAUUUGCUAG